AGGAUGUAGCCACUUUCCCUCUCUAAGGUUGGCUUUGUGUUUUAUUGUUUUAGUGUGUUUUUGUUUAUUUAGCAUAGUUUUUUCCCAAAGUGACUCACAACUCUGGAGAAACCAAAACGCCUUCCGUAGCAUUAAGGAUUGGCUACUUUUUAAUUAAAUGAACAAUAAGAUGUGAUGUUCCAUAUGAAUAUGAAAUAUCAAUCUGAUUGGUCUUUGAAUAUUUGAUUUAAUAUUCCUUUAGUUUCUUUGACUAUUCAGGAAACACACACACUUCAUAUUAAUUCAGACAGAGUCAAGAAUAUCGUUAAUAAAAAUUAGUUUAUUUCUAUUUGAAAUAAGGUAUGAAUGUAAUGGAUGAAGUGAUUGAAAAUGGUUGAAAUGAUGGAAUGGAGGCUAGAUGUUUCAGCAAAACCUUUCUUAAGUAUCUGAGAGAGUUGUGGAGUCUGGGUGGUAAAAUCUAUUUGGCUGUACGCUAAACUUUAUUUAUAAAACCAUCCAAUGCCAGUGUGCAGAGUCUAUGAUACCCUUGUGUGACUGUUGCUACCGGCGGUCCUAAGGAAAGGCGGCCCGAGUGGGGAGGUCACCGGACGUCGAGACCACAAGAACCCAAAGAGUCGUAGCUCCGUUUUUAUUUAGCUUUCAAUGGCCAUGAGAUGCAGCCCAGACCUGCAGGUUAGAAGUCUGUCUGAGGUGUGGAGUGGCUCUUAAAAGAGCCGUCGCGUCUGAAUCACUCGCAGCGUUGCAGAGAGGCUUUGACCUUGGGGUCGAAAGACAGGAUGGCCUCAAAUGCUUGCUCACAGGUUUGGCCGAACCAGGAGGCAGCUGGAAAAUGACUAAAUCAGGAAGUAAUUCCUGUUUAUAUUACUUCUUGUCUACAGAUGUGGACAAGUUAGAAUUUGACACAUUUUAAAAGGCAUUACCAAAACACCUCAGAAGUGAUGCCUUCACUCAGAUACUGAGGUUUAUCUCAGUGUGAAGUGGAAAUCGUUUUAACACUUAUGUGAAGCUAAAAUGUUAAACAUUACAGUUUUUCUCAGUUGUUUACACACAUUUUCUGGUACUUGAAACGCAGUGACCACAACAUGUAACCAAUUGACCAACCCCCUUAACCAAUUCUACUAAACUACAAGCACAAUUCCUGCGUUGCACUCAAAUUGCAAAUCUAAAACACGUUUUUUUUUUUCAAAACACUACACACAAUUCACUGCUUUUGGCACAAUUUUCAGGCAGAAAAUAUCUUGUUUUCACAAGGAACACACUGGUAUUCAAAUAUGCACACUGACUCAUCACAAGGGCAAACACCCAUCGCACAGUUUUACAAUCAGCAAUCAGAGCUUUAGCAUAAAAGGGCAACAGGUGAGCUCUUCUGUGUUGGAGCAAUGGAUGCCAACAUUGGAAACAGAGGCAGAGCCAGAGGAGUGAGAGUAAGAGGCGGAGGACGGGGAGGACGAGGAAGACCAAGGACCGUCAUCUCUGAUGAGAUCCGAGCCACUUUGGUUGAUCAUGUGGUCAACCAUGGUCUUACAAUGAGGGAGGCUGGGCAGAGAGUACAGCCAAAUUAGAGCAGGUACACUGUAGCAUCCAUCAUCCAGACUUUCCGGAUGAGAAUAGGUAAGAAAUCUUCUCUCACUAGAAAAUGGCAGUACUGCAUAUCAAUACAAUCGGUAUUCAGUUAGUAUAGUAGUAGUUUUGCCUGUGAAUGGUUUUGUUGGACAGUAAAAAUACUGUAAAGUAUAUUUCCAGGAUUUAGGAAAUGUAUACCUACUUUGUAUUCACAGUAUUUUACUAUUUGUUUGGCAGAACUGAAAGAUUACCGACACGAGGAGGUCGGGAACGUCUUCAGUCUCCUGAACAGGAAACUGAAAUCCUCAACAUGGUGCAAGAAAACAAUGUCAUAACAUUACGGCAAAUACAAAGAAAAAUGGUAGAAAACAACGACACGUUUCACUGGACCAUGUGCAGAUAUCACCUCAGGAUGAAGCAGGUCUACAGGGUGCCGUUUGAACGCAACUCAGAAAGAGUCAAAGAAUUGCGAUAUAACUAUGUGCAAAGAGUCCUUGAGCUAGAGGCAGCUGCAGUGGAGCACCAGCUCAUCUUCAUUGAUGAGGUUGGGUUCAACCUCACAAAAAGACGAAAGAGGGGAAGGAAUAUCAUUGGCCAGUGCGCCAUUGUUGAAGUCCCUGGCCAGCGCGGAGGAAACAUCACAAUGUGUGCAGCGCUUGGCUACCAUGGCAUCAUCCAUCACCAUGCUACCCUUGGCCCUUACAACUCCGCCCAUCUGAUCACAUUCCUAGACACCCUACACAACACACUCAUUCCACCAGACCAGGUCGAUGGUCCAGAAGAGCCUGUAUACAAACUACUGCCAGCUGCUCCCUCUCUGUUGGACUUUGGUACUGCAUGUUACUUCCGCGAUUUAGAUCUGGGGCUUUCCAUGAAACAUCCGGGGCUUCAGCCCAAGUAGCCGGGCCUAACGCCGCCCCUGAUGCAGCAUAGUUUUCUUUUUUACUGUAACUGUAUACAGUAAAUUCUUCUGUUGGAUGUAGUUUAUGUGUGCAACUUUGUGUUGGUUGGGAAUGGGAUAAACAUUGUGUACAAUGUUUUGUGGGAAAAAUAAAAUCAUUUCUACCAUGUGUUUGUGUGUUCAGAGUGUAAAAACAAUGUUCUGAAAUAACACGUGCAUGUAUAUACUGUCUGUAGUAGGUGUAACACUGACCCAAAAAGGCUUUAGUCAUUAUGAUGAAUGGAGAAGAAGUGUUUCCAUUCAUCAUAGUGUUUCACAUUGAGCACAUAGGUGUUCUGCUGGUUCUUAUAAGUGUCUGUUCAUGUGAUGGUGUGUGUGUGUCAUUUGACAACAAAAUCACAUUUUGAGAAGUAACAUUGUUUUGAAUGUGAAGUUUCAUUUUGCAGGUUAAUUGAGGGGUUUUGCCCAUUGUGUAUGUAUUUUUGGAUUUGUGUGUAGAGUUCUGAGAAUAUGAGGCAUGCUUUCAGGAAAUGUGUGUAAACAAUUGAGAAAAACUGUAACACUUCAUUGAUUAAAUGCACAGAUUAUUCACACACUUUAGGAUUAACAAGUCUUGUUCAUUCAACACAUUUGAUUAUAACCACCUAUAAAGUUGAAAAGUCAUUUAUGAUUCAAGGAAGAUGAACUUUAUUCAGAGUGAAAGUGCAGAAAGUCUCGUCUUCUGCAUGAGACCUUGAGCAAAGAUAUUAUGGCUUCCUUGUUCGGUAGCACGUCAUAUAUCCUUGCUUUUCUUGUUUGUAGUGUUUGUGUCUGCAAAUUAAAAAGUAAAUUUCUGUUCAUUCUGAUGAAAAAACUUGACCUUUGGGUACGCUACUCUUGACACAACUUGGUGCUAUACAAAUAAACUCAAUGAAAUUGAGUUUAAAUGGCCGCCCACUGAAAUGUCACCAGUUAUCCUGAAAAUAUUUUGGAUAUCUUAAAAUAGUGUUUUUAACUAAUUAAAACAUAAAUAAAGGAUAUCCUAAAUAACUACAAAUGUAAAUCCGGACAUCCUUUUAUAAUCGCUCCUCUUCUGAGGAUGACAAUGUCUUCUGGGCUCAGAAGCAGCUGCUUGAACUACAGAGUCCGCCAUUUUCCACAGUGCCAUCCUCGCUGCCUGGCAACCCGCAAUGGUUCCCUCUACUGGCUGGUAGGUAUAAACAUAAACCCAGUGACGUGCCCGUCAAAAAUAAUUAUUGGAUUAUUUUUUUAUUAAAAUUUUGCGUUUGAAGGAAAUACUGUAGCUUCAUUCUGCACACCUCUAAACACCCAGUGGAAGAUUUUUUUUAAUAUAGCUUUUAAAUGGUUCCAUAUUCAACUCCUACUAGGAACAAUAGAGUUAUAGAUAUCUGUAAUGCGUAUCCAGCCUGCCUAAUAAAUGUUAAAAUGGCUUGCCACAGCCUGUCGAUUUCAGAGAAAGGCAGCGUGAUUCUGGGAGUGCAGCAGGCUGAAGAACU